AUGUGCAAGGAGAUUGACAAGAUCCAACGAAACUUUAUAUGGGGUUCAGAAGGAGAACGGAAGAAACUUCACUGGGUUUCUUGGGCUAACAUGUGCAAACGUAAAAAGUUUGGUGGUCUUGGUUUAAGAGAAACAACAAUCGUUAAUGAGGCUUACAUGGCUAAGCUUGGAUGGAAUGUCCUCACUGCGCCGAAUUUACUGUGGGUUAGAGUCCUGAAUGUGAAAUAUUUCCAUCACGAUCUGCUCAAUUACUCCACCAAGUCUUCCGACUCGACCAUUUGCCGUGGGAUCUUGAAAGGGAGGGAACUGCUUAAUAAGGGUCUCUAA